AGACGCGACGUCAUCCGUUCGUCGCACCGCAUCCCCGUCCUACUGCAAAUCCUCCCGCUGCCGGCCUUCCUCGUCGCCAAGAUCUGCCAUCUCCCGCCGGCGGCCUACCUUGUCAGCUCCCCAAUGAUGCGCUCGUUCCUCCACGCGGCCGUCACACGUCCACCUUCACGGAGCCUCAAGGUGCUUCACCACCAUUCUCCACCGCCGCCACCUUUGACGCCCGCAGCACGGCAUCAUCGCCAAUACUCAUGUACGAGGCCGCGGACGACGACUUCAGCUCCACCCCAAUAGUUGACUGGACGCCUGAUUUCUCUGCAAAUACUGCUAACUUUACAAGUGCCAACUUGAGAGGAGCUAAUCUUGAAGCUGCCAAUCUCAAGGACCCAAGGGCUUCUACCUCCCAGUCUUUCACAAACAUGAUGACACUGGACGACGAUGCUGCAGUGGAAUUACUGAUGGCGUCGGAUCCCACUCCAAGUAGUGGCGGGAAAGGAGUAUCAAGGCGAGGCAGCGGCUACAUUCAAUGUGAAGAUAUCCAGCUUUGCACAUCUUGGAUGAAUAUCAGCAAUGACCCCAUCGCCGGUAAUGAGCAGCCAUAAAAAACUUAUUGGAAUAGGAUUGCUGAUGAUUUCCACCAGAACAGAGACUUUGAUUCCAAUAGGUCUGCCAAUUCUCUCGAGUAUCGAAUGGGGAUCAUACUGAAGGACUGCAUGUUGUUCCAAGCAUGCUAUGAACAGAUCGAGCGCCGUAAUCCCAGCGGCGUCCCGUACCAAGAACAUAUGAUUGAAGCUCAAGCAAGGUAUGCUAGAGCUUCAAGUGGAAAAAGUUUCCAACUCGUCCAUUGUUGGCUCAAGGUGAGACAUUGCGAGAAGUUCGCAGCACUGUUACUCAACAAGAUGCCGAGUAGAAAGCAAGACGCUGAACCAGAGGGAGAAGAACAGCAAGAGGCCAGCCAAGGCCCUCCUUCCAAGAAAGUCCGACCUCCGGGUAGAAAGCA